CCCGGUAGGCGGGAGCCGCCGCUCCCCCUGCACAGCGCUUUACUUUGGCUGUUAAAUCACUAACCAACACAUUGGUUAGUUACCCAGGCUUCGGUGAAGCUGGGUCGGCGGGGCUGCCCUUACUCCAGGGGGGCAUAUAUAGUGGUUCAUUUGUGUGGCUCAAUAUUGAGAAGCUGAGAACAGAGAAGAGAGAAAACACGGUUCCUCCCAUCCUUCCUACACCACUUGUUUGGCUCUUCCUUGGAUGCAGACCUAUUCAUUGCAGAGUAGAGCCCGGCUACCAGGUUGUCUUUCUAAGGGUGACAGAGGAAAAGGCCAAUGACGUCGGCGACCAGGUGUCAGUAUAAAGUGGCUGUGGAGGCUCCUGUGAGGCCUGUUUGGAUGAGAAUCAUUGAGUUCACAAAAAGAAGCAGCUGCGUCCUUGAAUGAGAACAGUGGGGAAGAGAAGAGGAGGAGGAAGACUUGAUUAAGAAAGACAUUUGAGUUGGGCCUGCUCAAUGCGGGAGGUCAGAAUGCUGCUCCUCUGCCACGUGCUAGCUGUGACCAUCCUUCAGAUCUUGAUCUUCUCAGAAAACUGGGCGUUUGCCAAGAACAUUAACUUCUACAACGUGAGGCCCCCUCUUGACCCCACACCAUUUCCAAACAGCUUCAAGUGUUUUACCUGUGAGAAUGCAGGGGAUAAUUACAAUUGCAAUCGCUGGGCGGAAGACAAAUGGUGUCCACAGGACACACAAUAUUGUUUGACUGUUCAUCACUUCACUAGCCACGGAAGAAGUACGUCCAUCACUAAAAAGUGUGCCUCUAAAAAUGAAUGCCACUUCGUGGGCUGCCGUCACAGCCGAGACUCGGAACACACGGAGUGCAGGUCUUGCUGUGAGGGGAUGAUCUGCAAUGUUGAGUUGCCGACCAACCACACGAACGCGGUCUUCGCUGUCAUGCAUGCACAGAGGACAUCUGGCGGCAGUGUCCCUACACCCUACCUCACUGUGCUGGCUUGCCUCUUCAUGCUUCCCUUGCUAUGAUGUAACUGUUCCUAAGAGGGACAGAAACCAGCACUGUAAAGCACAAAACAGACUGUGGUCCGGUGAACUUGGGAGCAAAGUCCCAUCUUUCACUUGAUAAAGAGGAGAAAUUGGACCCCAAAGUAGAAGGCAGAGGUUUGCUUCACCGAAAUGCUCCUGCAUGAGGUCACAGCACUGAACAUGAGGACUUGGUAGGAGCCAAGAGGACUGUCAAACUUCCAGUGUCUAGGGCCACUGCACUCCGUCACUUCUGUCAGAAGAUCCACCAGUAUUGUUGAUGGUUACAGUAACUUGAUAUACCCUGACCUGACUAGACCUUCAUCUAGAAGGACUUUUUAACCUCAUGGACUCUCUCAGAGGCUGCUGGAUCAGACUCUCUGGCUUCUGUGAUUAGCUCAGAGCAUCUCCGUGAAAUUUGAUCCUUCUACCCAUGGGAAAGCCGUUUCUCUACUGUGUUAACUUCCCAUUAUUGUAACAGUACCUGAGAUGAUCUACUUAUAAAGAUAGAUGGUUUGUUUGGGCUCGCGAUUUUGGAGAUUGCACUACGUACUGGUUUGAGGCUUGUAUUAGAGAGUGAAGAACCACUCACUAUUGGCAGAGACUUGAGAAGAAGAAAGUAUGGGUUGGAGGGAUGGGCACUAACUGAUCCCCUAGAGGACCCUGGUUUGAUUCCCAGCACUCACAUGGCAGCGCAUAACUGAUAACUCCAGUCCCAGGGGAUCCAGUGCCCUCUUCUGGCCUCUGAGUGCUGCAUACAUGCGGUACACAGAUAUAUUAUGUAUGGAUACACACUCAAUACACAAAAAUAAAAUUUUGUUUUUAAAAGGGUGAAGGAAGGAAAGAGAGAGAACAGGGAUGGGAGAGAAAGCAUGCGCGUAGGUCUCUGCAGUACCCUUCAAAGUCAUGUUCCCAAUGUCCUAAAACUUCCCACUAGUCCCAACUCCCUAAAAGCUCAACCACCUCCUUAAUGGUACCAACAGGCUGAGGACCAAAACUUUAACCUUGUCAUAGUCAAGAGUUAAAAAAUGGUACCCACUAACCACCUGGUCAAUAAAAAAGGCAGCUGUGGGAGGGAAUUUCCAGUUGAAAUUCUAUGAAUCUGUUCGCCAGUUAUGAGGUGGUUGAGGAUGGGGUUUAAAACUUUGAAUUAUCUAGUGUAAUGCAUGCCGUGUGUCUCUUGACAGUGUGGAGGCCUCUGACGAAGGGCACUUACCGAUGUCACUAAAGUUGUAUUUCCAGGCACCCUGGGUGACAUAUUCUGUCUGAAAGAAUAAAA